AUGACAUCUAAAACCGUCACCCCGAAUAUUCGUACUUUUACUACAUUGGUCGAUGGGUUAUGUAAGGAUGGAGAGGUCAAAAAAGCUAGAAAUGUGUUGGCUAUUAUGAUAAAACAACGUGUGGAACCUAAUAUUGUUACUUAUAAUUCUUUGAUGGAUGGGUAUUUCUUGGUUAAAGAAGUCAACAAGGCCAAACAGUUAUUCAACACUAUUUCUCUAAGGGGAAUGACUCCUAAUGUUCGUAGCUACAAAGUCAUGAUUAAUGGAUUAUGUAAGAAUAAAAUGGUGGAUGAAGCCGCAAAUCUUUUCAAAGAAAUGCAUUCCAAAAAUAUGGUUCCUGACACUGUAGCAUACAAUUCCCUAAUUGAUGGACUUUGCAAAUCAAGGAGAAUAUAUGAUGUUUGGGAUUUCAUAGGUGAGAUGCAUGAUAGAGGUCAACCAGCUAACAUAAUCACUUACAAUUCUUUAUUAGAUGGAUUGUGCAAAAACCAUCAGGUUGACAAGGCAAUCACAUUGUUAACGAAGAUCAAGAAUCAAGGAAUUCGGCCAAAUAUCUAUACAUACACUAUACUUGUUGAUGGACUGUGCAAAAAUGGAAGACUUAGGGAUGCACAAGAGGUUUAUCAGGAUCUUCUGAAUAAAGGCUAUCAGUUAGAUGCUAGGAUAUAUACUGUGAUGAUUAAUGGGCUUUGUAAAGAAGGGUUUUUGGAUGAAGCAUUGUCCUUACUCUCAAAAAUGGAAGACAACAAGUGCACUCCUGAUGGUGUAACUUAUGAAAUUACCAUUCGUGCUUUGUUUGAAAGCGACAGAAAUGAGAUUUUAUAUAUCUUUAUUUUUUUAUGA